AUGACUGAGCUGAACUCAAGCUUGUGCCAAUUGAACUGGCUAAUUGCCAAAGGUGGAAUUGGAGAUGUGAAUGGUCCGGAGAUGUCGUUAGUUCCAGAAAAACAACCAAUUCUAGAGGUGGCUUCAGCUCCUCAAAUUGCUCCAGGAGUUCGUCGUAAAAUUUAUGAGGGACCCGACAAGCCACCAUAUUCCUACUCUCAACUCAUUCGUUUUGCCAUUGAAGACUCUGUGGACAAAAAGUGCACUUUGGCUGAAAUCUAUUCGUACAUAUCGCAAAGUUUCCAGUUUUAUCGUGAGAACCGGAAUCCCAGUUGGAAGAAUUCAAUUCGACACAAUUUAUCGUUGAAUAAGCAGUUCAACAGAAUUGAAAAAAAUGAUGGAGAUAGACGUGGAUGGUGGGUUUGUGUGGAACCACCAGCAAAGAAGCCACGGAUUCUGAAAGGAGAUCCAGUUCGUGUCAAUCCAAUUUACGAGCACUUGUACAACAAUAAACAACAAGAAGUCCACGAGGUCAUUUACUCUCCUGUUCCAGAACAAGUGUAUCUUCCGCAAAACGACGAAGAAAUCGUUAUCCAAGAAACGGAGCUAACGGAGCAAGAGAUAAUGGAACUCAAUCUGUUUGAAUCAUAUGAUCUGAACUCUUCUUUCCGUGACGUCUACAAUCAAAUCUUUGAGAAGCCAAAAAGUCCGAAUGAGAAGAAACAAGCGGCUCAAAUUGACUGGUUGAAAAUAAGCUUGGAAGCUGCUGGUCUGGAUUAUCAUGAUGAGCAAGACCUCAGAGAAAUCGACACCGUCAAGCUAAAAGAUUACGUUUACAACGGUUUCCCUUCGGAAUGCGACAGUGAUGCUUCAACUCCAAGAACAGAUUUCAGCCGUCACUCCUCUUCCGAUUCAUGCGUCUCCAACUCAUUGCCAGUUCACGGCGAGGAAUCAGACGAUGAGACUGACUGGGAUACUUUGAUCUGA